AUGAUUACUCCAGAAGAGGAUUUCGAAACUUGGUGUAUGGUUAUUACAUCCACAAUAGAUACUGUUUCAAGUUUUGAGCCUUUUGUUCCCCAAAUACAAGAUCUUAUGAAUCAACUUAUUGAAAAUCGAGAAUUCAAAGAUCCUAUUAAGGGAAAAGAGUCUGCAUUCAUCAAAGAGCUCUAUUGGAAGAUCAUCCCCAAACUGAAAAAACUUGGAUCGCUUCCAGAAAAUGAAAUUUUAAUAAUUGUAAAUUGUCUUAAAGCAAUUCUUAAUUUCACCAUCCAAGCUCUAGAAAAAGAAAUUCCUGAUUACUUCUGUCUAAUACAUCAAUUAAUUCCUGACGAAACGUGGUCUUUGAUUUCAAAAAAUACAAAUUCAAAUAUUGAUAAAGAACUAAUCGAGUUUAUCAAAGAAGAGAAUCUUGUUGACAAAAUAAUGAAAUUCCUUGACAAAGAAACAGAUUCUUAUCCUUUAAUCAUUCAUUCUACACAAGCUUUGAUUCUUUUACAGAAACAUAUCUCAGAAAUCGAUCUCAAUGAUGUAUCAAAGAAAUUUACAAAGCAUGCAUGCGAAAUUGCUAAAGAAAGAAUCAGACAAAUUGUUCCAAAUGAUAUAUACCAAAUUCUCGACAAAAUUACAAAGAUUCUUGUAGAGGAUGAAUCAGUGUUUGGAUGGCUGAAUCUAUUUGAGAUUUUCACCAAAUGUGAAAUUUUUAAUAUUCAACUCUUCGGAUAUCAGGCUUUUAAGUACAUGCUUGAUCAGAAAGACAUACAAGCAAUUGUUCUCAAGUGGUUUUUGGACAAAGAACACCUUUCAUUACUGAAAAAGAACGCAAUGCAUCCGGAGAUCAUGCAAUACAUCGCAUCCAUCAUUGCAUCACUUGUUAAAGAGAACCUCAUCUCAUUUGAUAUCAUACAAGACCUCUGGAACCAAAAUUCUCAAAUUCAUCCGACAGAUUUAGACAAAUUCUACCAAAUGUUCAUUCUCAUAUCUAAGUACAUACCCGUAGAAUACUUGUUUGACUUCUGUACGAUGUGUAUCCAUCCAAAUGAGAAAAAUCAGAUUUGGUUCCAGUUUUUACUGUAUUUAGCACAUACAAUCAGCAGUAGGAAUGAUGCUUUGCAGCAAUACGAAGUCAUUAGAAACGAAUUCUGGAAUUUAUCAUUCGACGAAAACGAUUUACAAGAACAGGCCAGAAUGGCAUUAAAAACGACGAUAGGAUAUCACUUAACUCCCACUCACUUGAAGGAAAUUUCCUCUCAAAUUCUUGACACUUUUCCAACUUUUGAGGCCUAUGAUAUUUUAGGGACAGCUGUCAAUGCAUUGUCAUUGCCGGGCACGGAUUCAGCUGUAGAAUUCCUUAAGAGAGCGAUUGACACCUUACAAGAUUCAGAAGAAGAAACAAAACUUCCGAUAUUUAAUUUUAUUAACAAUUUAUGCGUAGGAAACUCAGUAUUAAUCGACGAAGAAGACUGCACUAAGAUAUUUGCACUCUCCCACGACAAAGAUUUAUACAAUUUCCUACAAGAAGCCGUAGAAAAUGAUAUUAUUUCUCUGGAUGAGAUCAGGAAGUUCCUAAACAGCAUCGAAUUCUCCGAAAUAGACCAAAGCUUCAUCGAUUUAGUCAAAAUCGUCAUGCAAAAGAGCACUCCUGAGACAGGAAUCACAUCUAUCCCAUUUGAUGGCGAUGAAAUCCUCUGGAAGCUCUCUGUUGCUGACCAUCCUCAAAGAACAGACUCAAUGGACUUACUUGUACGCACAUAUCUCAACAACGACCAGAAAUUUUUGUCAGAUUAUGAUAUGAUCGACGGAUUCAUCAGAAAAUGGUUAUCCGUGUUCAAGCAGUCCGAAAACAAGCAUCUCGUACUCAAUAUUCUCAGAUUUUUCAUUGUCGACGCCGAAUAUUUAGUAGAUUACGAAAUUUACAGCCGAACACCACACGGAUUGGAAGUUUCGCCCAAAAUCAAUGUCGAAAUCACUGGUUCCGGUGUUAUUUCCACUCAGAAGCACUCUGUCCCAGAGAAUAUGACAAUUGCUGUCUUAUCUCGCAGAGUUGCACGAUACGGAAAGGUUCCUGUCGGUUCAUUUACACUCAAAAUCGCCGGUAAAGAGCUUACGAGUAUUUCUACGAUCAAAGAUUACGCGCAAAGCGGAGAUCUUAAGAUUACAGCCUAUCCAGCGACGAAUCAGAAGGUUGUAGACCGAGUAUUCACGGAGUUACCAUCUGAGUAUGUCGCUGAUGGUGAAAUCCCGAGUAUUUUGUACGAUUUGUUGAAAGAUGACGUAAAAGAAGCGAAAUUAGUACUUGAUUGUAUACCAACCAUGCAAUAUACACUCGCCAUCAUAGAGUCCAUCCAGUACUUGGACCAUUUCAACUACAACCACUUCCUUCCCGUUGAAUUUCCAAUGUUAUUCAUGUAUAACUUCGAAACGUUGAUAGCCAUGGUCGAGCCGGGAGUGUUGCUGAAGACAGGAGGCAUCGAUUACCUGAUAGAUUGUAUGUCUAAAAUACAAAUGACGACGAAUAUCGCGGUUAUCAACUUUUUUGAGACGAAAUUGUCAGCUAAGGACAAGAAAUAUUCCGCUCAGAAGAUAUUCGACUCGUUGUUUGGUCGAUUAUAUAAUAAUUUCGAAGAUGAAAAAUUAUAUUUCACUCUAAUCGCGAAUUUCCUGGUGAAAAUCGAGAAAUUGAAAGGUGUAGACAUUGCUCUUCCAUCUUAUUUCCCUGAUGCCGCUAAAAAGUUCUUCCUUUGCCAAAAUCGAGAAAUAAUGAAAAUUGCAGACGAAUUGUUCAUGGAAUUGACCAUCAACCAGGACAUCCUCAUCCCAUUAGUAUUCGAAUGCCCGGACGAGAACAAAGGAAUCAUCUUGAAAUCAGUGAGUUUCCACAUAGAUCAGUUUUCCCAAGAGUUAUUUGACCUGAUCAUGUCAUCACUCGACGACGAGAACUGCAAAUACCUCAACGAUGCACUCGCCUGCAUGCUGGAAAUGGUCAAAAUAGGAAUAGACAAUGACCAUGCAUCGAAACUUUCGAACAGACUUAUUCAAAAAUAUUUACAAAUCGACGGAACAUGCGACAAAAGCAGUUUUCUCAAUGCCUGCCGUAUCCUUGGCCGCCUGAACACUGUAGAACUCGAAGAACAUAUCCGAAAUCUCCAUAAUUCCAUGCAUCCCGUUCUCAAAUGGAGUACAAAUGGCGAUUGUCCACGAAAAUCACCAUCAGGGUCAGGUCUGAUGAAUCUUGGAGCCACUUGUUUCUUAAAUUCGGCCUUGCAACAGUUCUUUUACAUAAUUCCACUGAGAAAAGCCAUUUUAUCAUACGAAGGAGAGGACAUAUUCAUGCUUUCCCUCAAGACAUUGUACUCUCGGAUGCUUCUUUCCCGUCAUUACGCACAAUCACCAGCAGAUUUAGUCUCAAAAUGGGUCGGAUGGGAUGGAGAACCAAUGAAUCCGAUGAUGCAACAAGAUGCAUGUGAAUUUGUCCAAAACUUACUUGAUAAACUUGAAAAAGCUCUUGGAGUUGAUUUCAUUCAAAAACUGUUUCAAGGGAAAACAAUUCAUCACACUGACGGAUUGAAUUGCGAUUUCCACUUAGAGUCAGAAGAACCUUUCUACGCAUUCUCAAUGCCAGUCAAAGGUGUCUCUUCAAUCAGCCAAUCAUUGGAACAACUCUCUGCUCCCGACUUUUUCACUGGUGAUAAUCAAUAUAAAAGUGACAAAUACGGUAAAAUUGAUGCCAAACGAUAUUCGUCAAUAGGUAACUGUCCUCCUUUCCUCAUAAUACAAUUAGCGAGAUUCGAAUAUAACUACGCGACAUGGACAAUAACAAAAAUUGACUCUAUUUACAAUUUUCCUGUUGAUUUGAAAUUUGGCGGUUUUGACUAUAAAUUGAAUGGUGUUAUCGUCCAUAUAGGAACUGCUAAUUUCGGACAUUAUGUAUCGUAUGUGAAAGACAGAGAAACAGAUACAUGGAGAUUCUGUAACGAUGAAAAUGUCACGUUUGUGUCAGAAAAAUCAAUUUUAGAAGCAGGAAUUGGGAAUUCGUCUAAAAGUGCAUAUUUACUUUUCUAUGAUAGAGUUGACUAUGAUUAUGAUAAAUCUGACUACAAAGUGUCUGAUGAAAUGAAAGAAACGAUAGAAAAAGAAAACGUGACAUUAGAUGAAAUCAAUAUUUUGUUUUCCACACCUUAUUUCAAACUUAUGUCAACAACAAGAGAUAAUAAUUCCUUGUUUUACAUGUGUCACGUUUUACCUUAUACUAUUUUCCAAGAAAAAGCUCCAAAAUUCUUUAGAAAAGUGACAGAAUCGAUAAAAGACGAUGAAAACAUGAAGAAAUACUUGAUAGAAUUGAUUGAAAACAAGAGUUUCUCAAAACCACUCUUCUUCGCAUUGGAUCAGUCAAUAAGAGACGGAGCGCAAAAUUUGUUUAAGGUUGUCAAAAGUGAAGUGAUAGAAACAGCGAUCAUUUCACUUUUCAAUGAAACAGAGCAUAUUUGCGAGAACUACAAUUCGAUAGAGAACCUGUUUUCUGUUUUGAAUGACUGUGUUCAGACAGAAAUCGGUUAUAAAACUGCCAUCGAUAAAAAUUGGCAAUUUUCAUUGCAUGCGAUAUUAUCUAAGAGAAUCCCUGAUUACCUCAAUGAAAAGAAGAACAUAAAGAAAGAUAUGUUCUUCGGUUAUUUGGAUUUCACUUCACUUUUGACAAUGAUGUCACUUUUACCGAUAGAUGACCAACUUAAAACAUUUUUAGAGAGUGAUGAUUUCAUCAAAGAAAUCUUUACAUCUAAAACUACAAUAGAAAGUCUGUCAAAACUCCUCAAAAGUGCCAAUUAUGAUGAAGAAAAACUUGACAAUUUCUUAGACAAAAACUCUGUUUCUCUUUCGUAUACAAAAGUCGUUGAAUUCAUUUUGAGAAUGUAUGAAAACGGUUUUGACAAAAUAGAUAAAUUUAAAUUUAUACUUGGAGAAAGAAUGUCAACAUUACAUGACAAAUUUGCUUGUUUCUGUUAUCUUGUCAAAAACUGUCAAAUGUCAGAUUUCUUUUUAUCCAACAUUGAUCAAUGGUUUUACUACAUUGUGAAUGAAGACCAGACAUUGAGAACUUUCAUAAGUUAUUUGGUCGCAUUCAUAAUUCCAACGGAAUAUUUCAACUUCCUGUCGUAUUUCCCGCAAAACGAUUUCGAUCAGGAAGAAAUGAAAUUCAAACCGUCAAAAACCGUUGACAUUGAAAAGUGUCGUGUUAUAAGUGGUCACUUCACUUCUCAUUUAGAAGAACUUUUAGAAGGAUUUGAGGAUAAAUAUAAAUCAAGCAAAACCGUUUUUGUGUCACUUUUCGAAGUUUUUGCCGGCUGUUACGAAAUUGACAAAAACAAAGAAAAUAUUAAUUGUAUAAUCAAAAUAUUGGAUUGUUUAAGACCAAUUGCUGUUGAUUACGAUGCAACAGUUCAGAAAAUUUUAUCAUUUUUGUCUAAAAACGGAAUUCACGUGAAAGCGAGUGAUUUCAUUCGCCAGCCAAGUCAAACUAACUUCUGCUUGUCGAAUGUGUUUAUCAACGCUUUGAUUUCUCAUUUAUCUGUUGAAGGACUCGAUGAAGAAAACUCCUACAAAGUUUUCAAGUUUUUCGGAGAACCAUUGAACAGAAUCCAAAACAACAACGGAAUUAUCCAAAUUCUCUGUUUAGCAGCAAAAUGUCAGCCUCAAAUUGCUCUUAAAUACUUAAAUGAAACGGAAAUGACUGUUAAUAAUUAUUUGAAUCAGUUGACAAUUAUGAAAAGUGCCAAUAUUACAAAACCGGUUUUAGACAAAUUAAAUGACUUUAUUUGUCAAAUAAAACCGUCGAAUGUAAACUCAAUUAUUGAAGAUUCGUUCUUGAUUCAUGGCGAGAAUCAGAUAGAAAGGAAAUGGCUUGAACCAUUGGUAGAUGAGCCACUUUUAGCAGGGCAUGCGAAAUAUUUAGUUUAUAAGAAUUUGGGAAUCGAAGAAGAAGACUUUAGAAUGAAGUUUUUCAUCGAAGAAACAAAAUCAAAGGAAAUUCCAAGUGAGAAAAUAUUUAUUGAACUGGUUCAAGCUGCCAAAGAAGCAAUCGAAUGCGGCUUGGAUCCAAAGAAACUCUCCGGUUUAUCUCAACUUUGCGAGAGAUUUAAAGAUAAAGAAAACUUCAGAGAAAUUACAAAAGAAUUGAGAGAAACAUUAGAAAAAACUGAAGAAUCUUAA